UAUUGUAUUUUAUACGUCAUUGACAAAAACGAUUCCAAUCCAUGCACACACUGCGCUUGUUGUUUUUAAUUUCGAUUGGUGAAGAAAAUCAAAAACUCGAUUAUCAAUUUGAAUUAGUUUUUAUCAAUUUGAUUUAUCGAAAUAAUUAACAAAAAUGACAACUGCCGCGAGACCAACUUUUGAUACGGCUCGUGGAGGAACUGGCAGAGGAGAAAAGGAUUUGAGCGCUUUGUCGAAACAGUAUUCUUCAAGAGAUUUACCAGGUCACACCAAACUCAAAUACAGAGAACAAGGACAAGGCACUGCUGACGAGCUCCGUAGUCGUGAUUUUCGCAAAGAACUAGAAGAACGUGAAGCUAAGGGAUCGUCUAGCAACAAAUCAAUACCAGCUGUUGUCCGUCGUGCCAUCGAAGCGAAUACAUCAAGUGCGAAAAAGGCCAAGCUCGAUCAGUCCGCUUCGAGUGGUAAUUUAGACCAAGAUGAUCCGGUUGAUGCUGACAGUUCGAGCGACUCGGAUUCGGAUGACGAUGAUACUGCCGCUUUGCUGGAAGAGUUAAAUAAAAUCAAAAGAGAACGAGCCCAAGACAAUGCAAAGAAGGAACAGGACAAGAAACAUGAGGACGAACGGAUACGAAUGGAAAAUAUACUGUCGGGCAAUCCGUUGUUGACCUACAGUUCGGGAGCAAAAGCAGACCUCAGAAUAAAACGACGAUGGGACGACGAUGUUGUGUUCAAAAACUGUGCUCGAUCAGAACCCGACAAGAAGGGACAACUGUUCAUCAACGAUUCAUUGCGAUCGGAAUUCCACAAAAAGUUCAUGGAGAAGUACAUUAAGUAGAAGAACGAUCUGUUUAUUUUGCUUAUGUAACGUGUAAGGUUUAUUUCAAUUUAAAAAAAAUAAAAGAAGCUUCACAGCAGAGGA